UAAUCACAUAUACAAAGUCACCAUUUUUGGUCCUUGAAAAAAGGCUCUUAAUUUCCAAUACACUGCUCAUCCACUCAUUCUCUCUCUCUCUCUCUCCCCAUCCCUCCCUUAUUUUAUUCAGUAACUCCCACUGACACUAUCACCAUUUCAGUGGGGAAAACUCUGAGACUCCCAGAGACCUUAGUUUCUUGAUACCCUUCUCUGGGUUCCUAUCCAUUUCACCUCUGAUUGCAAAUUUGAAGCUCUUGAGAUCCAUUUCUUCUUCUUCUUCUUCUUGUAUAUGCAAUGGCUCUCUGCGCAUUCUCAUUUCCUGCACAUAUCAGCAAACCAGCAGCAUCUGCAGAUGCUCAGAAAUCCCACUUCUCUGUGGGAACACCUCUUCCAUGCCCAUCUCAGCAGAAGCUCAAUCAGGUGAUGAGAAAACGGCCAAGUGGGAUUUGUGCGUCACUGUCAGAGAGAGGGGAGUAUCACUCACAGAGACCUCCCACUCCUCUCUUGGACACCAUCAACUAUCCAAUUCACAUGAAAAAUCUUUCUGUCAAGGAGCUUCAACAACUAGCAGAUGAGCUGAGGUCUGAUGUGAUCUUCAAUGUUUCAAAAACUGGAGGCCACCUCGGUUCAAGCCUUGGUGUUGUGGAGCUCACUGUGGCUCUUCACUAUGUCUUCAAUGCUCCUCAGGACAGAAUCUUGUGGGAUGUUGGCCAUCAGUCUUACCCACACAAAAUCUUGACUGGGAGGAGAGAAAAGAUGCACACCAUGAGACAGACAAAUGGAUUAGCCGGCUUCACUAAGCGCUCUGAGAGCGAAUACGAUUGCUUUGGCACUGGUCACAGUUCUACCACUAUCUCUGCAGGCUUGGGGAUGGCAGUAGGCAGGGAUCUAAAGGGAGGAAACAAUCAUGUAGUUGCUGUAAUAGGUGAUGGUGCCAUGACAGCAGGGCAAGCGUAUGAAGCCAUGAACAAUGCGGGGUACCUCGAUUCUGACAUGAUUAUUAUUCUUAAUGACAAUAAACAGGUUUCUUUACCUACCGCUAGUCUUGACGGACCCAUCCCGCCGGUAGGAGCUUUGAGUAGUGCUCUCAGUAGGUUGCAAUCAAACAGGCCGCUCAGAGAAUUAAGAGAGGUCGCCAAAGGAGUUACUAAACAAAUUGGUGGCCCUGUGCAUAAUCUGGCAGCAAAAGUUGACGAGUAUGCUCGAGGAAUGAUCAGUGGUACUGGUUCAUCACUAUUUGAAGAGCUUGGACUAUAUUAUAUAGGUCCGGUUGAUGGUCACAACCUAGAUGAUCUUAUUUCCAUUCUCAAAGAGGUUAAAAUUACCAAAACAACGGGUCCUGUCCUGAUCCACCUUAUCACUGAGAAAGGCAGGGGAUAUCCGUAUGCAGAAAAAGCGGCAGACAAGUACCAUGGAGUGGCCAAAUUUGAUCCGGCAACUGGAAAGCAAUUCAAAGCAAGUGCUAGUACACAAUCUUACACAACAUACUUUGCAGAGGCUUUGAUUGCAGAAGCUGAAGCGGACAAAGAUAUUGUUGCUAUCCAUGCUGCAAUGGGAGGUGGAACAGGUAUGAAUCUCUUCCUCCGCCGGUUUCCAACAAGAUGCUUUGAUGUUGGAAUAGCAGAACAGCAUGCGGUUACUUUUGCUGCUGGUUUGGCCUGUGAAGGCCUAAAACCUUUCUGUGCAAUUUAUUCAUCUUUCUUGCAGAGAGCUUAUGACCAGGUAGUACAUGACGUAGAUUUGCAAAAGCUUCCGGUUAGAUUUGCUAUGGACAGAGCUGGGCUGGUCGGAGCUGAUGGUCCUACGCAUUCCGGGUCUUUUGAUGUCACUUUCAUGGCAUGCCUUCCUAACAUGGUGGUGAUGGCCCCUUCUGAUGAGGCAGAGCUUUUCGAUAUGGUAGCCACUGCUGCUGCCAUAGAUGACCGACCAAGUUGUUUCCGAUACCCAAGAGGAAAUGGGGUUGGUGUUGAGCUGCCACUAGGGAAUAAAGGCACUCCUCUCGAGGUGGGAAAGGGAAGAAUAUUGAUCGAAGGGGAAAGAGUUGCACUUUUGGGUUACGGAGCAGCAGUACAGAGCUGUUUGGCUGCCUCCUCUUUGGUGGAAUCCCAUGGUUUGCGUCUUACAGUUGCUGAUGCACGAUUUUGCAAACCACUGGACCGAGCUCUCAUUCGCAGCCUUGCGAAGUCACAUGAGUUUCUGAUAACUGUGGAAGAAGGAUCCAUCGGAGGGUUUGGUUCUCACGUUGCUCAUUUCCUGGCCCUUGAUGGCCUUCUUGAUGGAAAACUCAAGUGGAGACCAAUUGUUCUUCCUGACCGGUACAUUGACCACGGUUCCCCUGCUGAUCAAUUGGCCGAGGCCGGACUCACCCCUUCUCACAUUGCAGCAACCGUAUUCAAUAUGCUUGGACAAACAAGAGAGGCCCUGGAGAUAAUGUCAUGAAGACAGAAAUUUACAAAGCAGCGCCAUUUUUUCGCUGUAUACAAAACCGAAAUUGUGACGCUCUCUAUUUCCAUCUGUAUAAAAAAGUCCCAUAUUUGAGCAAGGUGUUGCAUUAGGUAGCUGAAGGAAACCUAAACAAUCCAGUUCAUCAAUUAGGAGCUCCAACUAGUUGAGGCACCUGAGAUUGUAACAUGGCCUACAAAUGCAACUGAUUUGUGACUAGAAGAAAACUCUUUUCAAGUCU